AUGUCCACCUUCAACCCUUCCAUCUUCACGCUCCCCUUCGACCCCCUCCCAUCCAACUCGCACCCAUCCGAAACGCUCGAAGAACAGGCCGAGACCGAAAGCAUCAUCUCUAAGCUCCUACAUACCGUCGCACCGGCUGCCUUGGAUGGCGAGACCAUACCCGGCGGAACGACCUUACGAAAGGCCGAACAUGCGGCGUACUUCCAGCAGCUGCUGUUCCGGCUGCCACCUGGAUUCGUAUCGCUGGACGCGAGCAAACCGUGGCUGAUGUAUUGGACGGUCCAUAGUCUGGAUGUACUGGGGAUCGCGCUAGAUCAGGGGACGAAGGACAGGGCGAUUAUGACGAUGCUGCAUAUGCUUCAUCCGACCGGUGGGUUCAGUGGCGGUCCCGCCAACUCGCAAAUCCCUCAUCUGCUCGGCACAUAUGCGUCCACAUGCACGCUCGCGAUCGUGGGGAAUGAUGGACCCAGGGGAGGAUGGCAGCAGCUCGCUCAGGCCCGGCAGAGGACGUAUGACUUCUUCAUGCGGUGUAAGCGGCCUGACGGAGGGUUUGUAGUGUGCAGCGGAGGCGAGCUGGACGUCAGAGGAACAUACUGCCUGCUGGUGGUCGCAACGGUACUCGACCUUCUCACCCCCGAACUUCUACACAACGUCGACAAGUUCAUCGCUGCAUGUCAGACAUACGAAGGCGGAUUUGCUUGCUCUUCUUUCCCCUUUCCCUCCCUCGAAGCGCCGACUUGCCGAGCAGCCCUGGCUGAGGCACAUGGCGGGUACACCUCCUGCGCCCUCAACUCGCACUUCCUCCUCUCCUCCAUCCGACCCCCUUCGUUACCCGCAUCAUCCCUCGAAGCAGACUUCCCGAGCAAGAUCGACGUGGACGGAGCCAUGCGCUGGUCCGUUCUCAUGCAGGGCGAAGCGAUCGAGGGUGGCGGGUUCAGGGGAAGGAGCAACAAGCUCGUGGAUGGGUGUUAUAGUUGGUGGGUUGGGGGAGGGGUGCCUGUGAUUGAGGCUUUGGCUCAGCGGGAGCGGAAAGAGAAGAAGGAAAAGAAGAAGGAGAGUACCGAAGCGAGGAUAGAGGUGGACGGAGGGGAAGAGUGGGAGGAUGUCAUCCCGUCACCGCCAGUCUUCAACAAGAUUGCGCUGCAAGAGUACAUCUUGCUUGCUGCGCAGAACCCAGCUGGCGAGCGGGGAGGUUUGCGCGACAAGCCCGGAAAGCGUCCGGACCAAUAUCACACGUGCAACAACCUUUCCGGUCUCUCCGUCGCCCAACACAAUGUCGUGCAUUCGCCCGCGCUCGUUGAGGAGAACAGAAAGAAGUUUGACCCCUCCAAAGGUUUCCCAGCUGUUACCCCAACGAACCCCGAGGGCGGAUGGGCGAGCGAGGAAGAGCGACAAGAGGUCAGGAGGCAGGUAUGGGCGAGUGCGCUGGGGUGGGUAGAAGAAGGGGAGGCGAUUAUACUGGGCGGGAAGGAAAGUCGGGUGAACACAACCGCACCGGUCUUGAAUAUCCUCCUAUUACGUUUGAAACCGUUCAUCAACUUCUUCUAUGGUCAGACUGCUUGA